AUGAGUCUUAUUAGUGAAAGUUGUGAAAUCAAGCACACCAUUAGAGGGAGAUCUUUGAUGCAGGGUCCAAGGCCUUCUCCGUUAAAGGUUAACGAUUCUUCAUCGGUAAUCAAGAAAUCAUCGCAUAAUAAUAUUAUUCGAAAUCGAAUCGACAGCAGAAGCGAGGUAAUUAACCCCGUGGUAAUCUAUCUGAGGUCGCCAAAGAUUAUCCAUGCUAGACCCGAGGAGUUCAUGAGCCUGGUGCAACGACUCACGGGGAAGGACUCGUUAUCGAGCGACGAGUCGUAUAAUCGAACGCCAUCACCUUCUUCUUGGAACUUGGUAAGGGAAGAUGAUCAUGACGAAUCCAUGGCGGUGGCCUCACUGGCCGGCAAGGUGACUGAGAGAUCGUCAUCGAGUAGUCUGUUCGAUGCACAAAUGUCGAAGCUGGCAUUUAAUGGGGUGGAACAUGGAGAUCAAAUUCUUGAACUGUCUCCAACUUGGCUGCGUUUCUUAGCUUGUGUGUAG